UUCUAACACCGAUGCACGUUCAUUCAAAUUAAUAGUCUUCCUCUCUCUCUCUCUCUCUCUCUCUCCCUGCCGUCUGGUUUCUGAGAUUUCAUCACAUUUCUCAGGAACCCAUUCUCGCAUUAGAGAUAGUAACAGGCGGGGAGAUAUUAAUAACCAUCUGCAAAUAUGAUUGAGGAAUUAAUUACCAGGAGCUUGAUCUUGGUGUUUGGAUAUGCAUAUCCUGCAUUCCAAUGUUUCAAAACUUUGGAGAAAAACAAGGUUACAGUUCCAGAACUCAGGUUUUGGUGCCAAUACUGGGUGAUUGUUGCGCUGAUAUCAAUUGUUGAAAAAGUCCUUGAUAUAUUUAUUUCAUGGGUCCCCUUUUACCGAGCGAUAAAGCUACUAAUGUACAUAUACUUGUGGCAUCCCGGUACUAAGGGGAGUACCUACAUGUACGACACGGUGGUGCAACCGUAUGUGUCGAAGCAUGAACCAACAAUAGAUCGAGGUAUAUCCGAAUUGAAGGAGAGGGCGUGGAAUUUGGCUCUUAGUUAUUGGUACAAAAGCGCAGAUAUGAGCUCCAAAAAAGUUCUUGAAUGCCUUCAAUUGUUGAUGGCUCAAGCCAUGAACGCUGCUUUAUCGCGCCCCCAAUCACAGGAGGGUAAAUCCAAGCCCAACGACGGUGCAACGCCAACGCCGCCGAGCACGCCUUCAGGAGUUCUCAAGCGGAACACUUCCGAGAAGUGGCGGCCGCCUGUAGGUCCGGCGGGAAGCGUGGGCAGCCCAACCCCCAAUUCGGCUAAGCAACAGAAAUCAGAAAACGAUCAGGACUUCCUUGCUGCCAGGGUCAGGCUCAGGAGCGUCAACAACAAAGACACUAAAUAAUUGAAUCCAAUAGUUUAGAAAUUUGUAGGAUUUUUCCUUUUUUCUUUUUUGAUUUGCUUCUUGUAAUUUCAAUUCCUUUUUGCUGAAUUCCAAAUUGCGAUUGAAGCACCGUAAAAAAAUGGAAAUUGUACAUUUUUUGUGUG